GUGUAACGUUCAACAUCUACCUCGGUGCUUCCUCCACAGUAAAGACGGUAAAGUGAAAGUUAUGAGUAUCUUUCGUGGAACAACCGGAACUAUAUGGUUAGUGGUGCUGGGGUGCUGUUGUGCUACCGGGGAUAACCUCAGUGGAUUCUACUACGAGAAUAUUGAAUCGCGACUCAACGCCAUGCAGGCCGUAGAGCGGGAUCUACUGACCUACACCAAUCACACCGUUCAACAGCUUAAGCUCAUGACUCCACUGCUGAGUAAGCUGCAACUAGCACCUCUUCAACAGGCCACGGCGUCGUCAUCGUCGUCGUCGUUGUCGUCGUCGUCGUCGAGUACAAUCCAGACAAAUGGCGGCACUUUGGUCGCUAGUUGCCGCCAAGUACCGGCCACCACGUCCGGUAUCUAUCGCAUCGAUCCGAACUAUCCGUUCCAGGAACCGAUGACGGUGUACUGCGAGCAGACGUACGAGGGUGGCGGUUGGACCGUGAUACAGCGUCGGAUGGACGGAUCAGUUAACUUUAUGCGCGAUUGGCAGGACUACAAGCGAGGUUUCGGUACACUACGGGGCGAGUUCUGGCUUGGUCUUGACCAGAUCCAUCGUCUGACGAACGUGGCACGCCACGAGCUGCUGGUGCAACUGGAGGACUUUGAUGGUGGCCGGGCUACGGCACGGUACGACCACUUCCGGAUCGGGGCAGAGAGUGUAAAGUACGCGCUGCUCGAACUUGGCCAGUGCGUUUCCUGUUCGGCCGGCAACUCACUGGACAUUCAUCUGAACGAAAGCUUCUCGACUUACGAUCGUGAUAAUAGCAAAGCGGUUUUUAACUGUGCUGCUAAGUUUGGUGGUGGCUGGUGGUUUUACAUGUGUCAUAAGAGCAAUUUAAAUGGAGAGUAUCUACGAGGAAAGCUUCCGGACACCGAAGAUUCUAAGGGUAUUAUGUGGAACACUUUUCGGGGCAGCAAAUAUUCUUUGAAAUCGAGCAAAAUGAUGAUACGCCCUGUGAGUGGAAGGUGAUAGAAAUUGUGCUUGGAAGAUGGAACGUUAUCAACUCGAGUCAUAUCAAUAAAAGCAAACGAA